AUGUCUUUACUACCACACCCGGGUCGGACCAAUAUACUGCAACAUCACAUAGACAUAGAACCGGGCAAUAAACCACGCAAUUCUGUGCCAUGCCGCUAUGCAGCGGCUCGUCGUAAACGCCGAAAAAAAGAUGGCACCGUGCGUUUUUGUAUUGAUUAUCGAAAAUUAAAUGAAAUCACCAUACGUGAUGCAUACCCACUUCCGCGAAUCGACGACAUCUUGAACACUCUUCAGCAUGCUCAAUUUCUUUCAACUCUGGAUCUUCGUUUUGGCUACUGGCAAGUAGAAAUGGACAAAGAAAGCAAACCCCUUAUAGCAUUCGUUACGGACAAAGGGCUAUUCGAAUGUACGGUCAUGUCUUUCGGUCUAACUAAUGCACCAGCCACACUCCAACGGCUGAUGGUCAUUGUUCUAGGAGGACUUAAGUGGGAAUGUUGCCUACACCUCCAAGAUCUUCAAAAAGCUUUCCUCGCUCUAGCUGACGCUAACAUAACACUUAAAUCUUCGAAAUGCAAUUUUUGUCGACCAAAAAUGAAGUAUCUUGGACAUAUCAUCGCACCUGGUGGUAUCAAAUCUGAUUCGGAUCUGAUAUCUACGGUGACUAAAUUCACCCAACCCACGAAAACCAAAGAAGUACAAGCAUUCCUUGGUCUCACUGGUUAUUACCGACGCUUUAUAGAGAAUUACGCUAAAAUCGUUGAACCUUUAAUCAAAUUACUACGGACGACUCAAUCAACCACACUUCGUUCUUCUUUACCCUGA